CUCACGCAGUUCAGUAGCGUUCAAACGAUUCAGGCAGCGACACAAAGGCACCCGCACACAUACGUUUGGCACUGGGGCGCGCUCGUUUGCACCACACACAAAAUCGACGACGAACAUGCGAUGUAUUCAGAACCAUGCACAAUCCAUUUCGCAUACAACCAAAAAAAGAAACACGACGACAGCAACAGCAACAGCAACAGCAAUCACUCAUCAGUUCUAUCGAUGUGUAUCAUUUUUGACAGAGAAUUGUUUUCGUUGAUGUGUCGUUAGCAUGAAGAAAACAUUUGAGACUAAGACAAGGGCAGCGUGCGCCAAUAUACGCACAGCCAUCAAUAUUGUAUCGUUCAAUCGCCCGUUUGAAUAAUUGCUUUUAUAUCGACCGCAUUUCUUGAUUCGAUGGAAUGAUAGCGACUAAGAAUCAUAAUCAAUUUUGAAUGGAAAAUUCUACUGUCUUUCGUUCGUUCGUUCGUUCGUUUGGAAUAGUGAUGCAAAAAUGCGAAUUUGUCAUGCGACACCAAUUGGCAAAAUUUAUUUCGAAAAUAAUACCGAAAAAACACGAUUUCACAAUCAUGGAAAUUAUGAAACGACUAUUCAUUCCGUGCUGCGAAUUAUAUGCAAAUGCAUUACGAAUCAAUUAAUCUGAACUGGCAUUUCCGGUUUUUCGUCUACCUAGAUUUACAUUAAUUGUUUGGUUCAAGCCGUAGAGAGAGGCAAAAAGGCUGUAUCUGCGCUUUGUUCAGUUGAAAGUGCUUUUGUUUUGUUCAACAACAAAAAAAAAAAACGAAAACGAAAAAUACAAACGAUCUAUAAAUCACGGUCUCGGAUCAAUCAGUAUAGAAUACAAUGGAUCGAGCACAUGGGUGCAGCUCAACCGAUUUAAACGUACACAAAACAUUCUGUGUCACCACAUAAUGAGAAUCACUUCACACAGAGCGCACCGCGCACACAAUCGCAUCCAUUCUCUCCGUGUCACAUCAACCGAUCUAAAUGACCGUUUUGAAUCUACGCUUUGCACCAAUUAUGUGUUUUUUCGUUGUUCAACCAUCGCUUUCGACAUAUCACAAUGCCUUUGACACUGCACAUUUCAAGACCACUUUCAGUAAAACUGUUUAUUUUUCCGCCUGAUUCUUUCUUCGGUGUAUACAAAAUUCAAACAGCGAUACAUAGUAAUCCAGCAAGAUUGUUUUGACAGUUAGCAUAGCGCUGUAUCGAAAUUUCCAUAGCAUCACUUCAAACUGACAAGACCGUUAAUAUAAACAAUUCAUAAAAGUCAUUGCUUUGCCGAAUUCUAUCUUUCGUGUUUGAUCUGUCAGUUUGUGUCGCGGUUUGGAAGGAAAAACAGUUGCGUCUCUUCGAGAAGGAACGGGAGAAAAGCAGUGUUCCAUUGUGUUUGAAACACAUUUUCAAAGCAGAAAAAAACAACAUUGAACCAAUUUCGGAAAUGUCUCAAAUCAAUCUCAAUUACUGUACACAAUGCAGUCAAAUUGACAUAGAGCGUGUUUAUAAUUGUCGUUGGUUAAAUUUCAAUUUUUGCCGUUUAAAGUGUUUGCAGCAAUAUAUCGAUCGAAUUGCACCUAAUUGUGAUGUAUGUAAGAAACGAUUGAACAACGAUCGCAUACAUUUGCGAGACGAUGUGAAAAACUGCUAUGCCUUCGUUUGUGAUGAAUGUUUUGAGGAACGUACACCAUUGGCGUUUAGGUGUUAUUGUUGCGCGAAUAAAUGCUAUAAAGGAUUUGAAAAAACUUGGGAUUUGACAACGAGCGGGCUGAUUUCGAAAUACGUAUGUUCGGAUGAAUGUAGAUCGUUGUCGUUGACUUCGGGUGGGCAAAGAAAGAGGCUGGCCUCAUGCUCAGAAUGCGAUGGCCAGGCAACAUGUGUUCGAACCGUUCAAAAUGGGAUAUUUCAGUCGAUUUGUUGUGCAAAGUGUUUGGAUACGGUUGAGAACAAGCAGACGGAAAAAUUCGAAACUUGUUACCAUUGUUCAUCAAAAUUCACAAACGACUGUCAAAACGCGUACAUCAUCCGUGAAGGUGGUACCGGCAAAGAGUUCUGCACUGAAUUGUGCAUGCAAUCAUAUUUGCGCGAGGAUUCUGCGACUGCAAUCUGUUGUAUUUGCCGUCAUCGUAUGCGAUUCUAUGAUUGCAUUCGUCGCAAGUGUGACGAUCGUUGUUUUUGUUCAUUGAAAUGUGCAACAUCGGCUGAAACUAGUAUCGAACUGCUCAGGCGUAACGAUGAAAGGUGCUAUUUGAAAAAUCUCAAUCUGAAAUGUGCAACAUGCAAUCCAGAAUUGGAAUUCGAUGACUCAAUUGAAGAUUAUAUUUUGUUGGAUAAAUCGACGUCGGUAGCGGCGGUAACCGCAAGUGAUCAAGUUUCGAAUGGGGAAUACAGCACAGUGAAUGGGCGAUCUGGCAACGAAAUGGUGAUUUUGAAUCAAAUCAGAACAUAUGAUGAUCUCGAGGGAUUAAUAACCGCUCCCGAAGUACGAGAAUGCACGCCGAUUCAACGAUGCGGCCACUGUCAACGUAUCAUUAAGCGGACACAAUCAUUUAUGCAGUGGGGCUAUUUAGAGUUUUGCAAUAACAUUUGCUACGAACGAUUCAUGUACGAUGACCGCUAUCGAUGUGGUUCAUGUUCCAAUGAUUGUGGCUCAUGUAUCGGUCCCAAUGUUCACAUCAUUGGCAAUCGAAUGUACUGCUUCUGCAGCGAAAUGUGCGAGAAAACGUUUUUCGGUUUGAUGAAAUUCUGCCGAUUUUGCCGAAAUACCAUCACUACCAUGAAUCAUUCUGAUGGAUUCUGUCAAUCCACCUGUCGUACGCGAUUCAAAGAACUCUAUGAAAACUGCGGAGAAUUCACCGAGAAAUCGUGCUACCAAUGCCUGUUGACGAAGCCAGUGGAUAUUUUUCUUCAAGUUAAUGGCGUGAUGCAUACAUUUUGCUCCUUUUCCUGCUAUUUUCACUUGAAGACUUCGCACGGACUAUUUCCAGAUCAAUGUACCAUUUGUAAAAUGUAUUUUGUGCCAAGCCCAAGAGAAGACUCCCCAUUUCUGCUUCUUCACAACGGCAAAUUGAAUGCGUUUUGUUCGCAAUCAUGUCAAUCGCAUUACAUCUACAAAUACCAAUUUUUGGACACAUGUUCAAUAUGUCGACGUCCAAAAUCGAAUUUCAACAUGCUCAAAUCGAAUGUGGAUGAUGUGUCAAGCGUUCAAGUGAAGUACUGUUCGAUGCAAUGCCUGCAAAUUGUCGAUCAAUCGACCGAAUUGCGAAAAGCGUACUUCAAUUCGAGCCCACCAAAUGAAACAUCGCCGCCAUAUUGUUAUUAUUAGGCAUUACCGUACACGGCAACAAAAUGCUAUAUUUAUUUUCAUUCUCAAUUUAAUUUUUAAUUUUUUUUUUUUUUAAAUACUUAGUCCAACGAAUAUUUAGAAACACUUUAGUAAUAUGUAGAUCUUUUUGUUUUAUGGUUUUUUUUUUCUUUGUUUGUUGAUUACAGCGGCGAAUCGAUGAAGAAGAAGAAGAAGAAAAAAACAGAAAAAAACACAAAAUCAUUUCAAAUAUAGCAAAAAUUGUCAAUAGAAUGUUUCCUAUGUUUAAAAAUGCAUAAUGUGUGGUUGUGAUAAGAAUUUUCAUUAUAGAGAUUAAAUAUGACUGACUAGAGGCGAAUUCUGUUUUUCAAACGGAAGUUAUAUAGCCAAUUUUGUGUGAGAGAAAAAAAUGCCACUUUUCAAUGUGAUUUACGUUUCGCUCAUUUGCCAAAUGAUUUUUCUUUUGUUUGUUUGUUUGUUUGUAACUACCAACUUUAAAUGAAUUUUAGCGAUUUGAAAUAAUUGAUCCAUAAAAUGAACAAAGCGAAAAUUCAUAGCUUUUUUGUCAAAAUCAUUUUUCGCGUUUUUUUUUUUAAUAUUCUACAGAGUGAAAAUUUAAAGAUGUGAAUUGAAGGUGGAUUAGCGAUUGACCGUACUUUUUUUCUUUGUUAUUCUGGUUCUUGUCAAUAAAUAUUUCAAAAAAAUAUUCAUUCUCUCUAUGUUGGUUUUUAUAUAUUAAUAUAUAUGCUCUGUUGUCAUAAUUAGUUCUAGUUAUUCGAUGCCAUCAAUAAACAACAAUAAUUAUAUGUUUUUGGAAACAAAUCAAAAA